AAAUGGUUGCUCGCGUCUCCCGUUUCUCAUAGACGCCUUAGAGAAACAAACUAGAACUAGAGCAGCCAUGCGAACGCAUUUCUUUCUCCUGCAAAAUCCAUGCCUUUAAACUUUUCCACUGAAGCUACAAUUCGUACUCUCUUCAAUUCCUGCAAAAAUAUACACCACCUCUAUCAGCUCCACGCCCGCAUAAUCCGAAAAGGACUUGAGCAAGAUCACUUUAUUAUCUCCCGUGUGCUCACCCUCUCCAAUUCUAUAUCCUAUUCGACUUUCAUUUUCAAUCGUCUCCUUACUCCCUCGACUGUCUUAUACAAUAUACUCCUCAAACUAUACUCCAAAAAAUCUCAUUUUGACGAUUCAAUUUCUCUUUUUAUUCGCAUGAAGCGGAGUGAACAUUCUUGGCCGGAUGAAUACACGUAUCCUUCGGUUAUCAGGUCGUGUUUGAAUGAGUAUAAACUAAAGGAAGGUCAAAUUUUUCAUGGGUCGGCGAUAAGGAGUGGGGUUAGUAAAGAUUUGUACGUUGGGUCUAGUUUGAUUGAUUUUUACGGAAAAUGCAAGGAGAUAUUAACUGCACGCAAGGUGUUUGAUGAAAUGACUGAAAGGAAUGUUGUUUCUUGGACUGCAAUGGUCCAUGGGUAUUUGAAUGUUGGGGAUUUGGAUAAUGCGAAAAGAGUGUUUGUUCAAAUGCCGGAGAGGAACUUAACUUCCUGGAAUGCGAUGGUUGGUGGAUUGGUGAAAGGAGGGGAUUUGAUUAAUGCUAGGAAGGUGUUUGAUGACAUGCCUGAAAGGGAUGUUGUUUCUUUUACUGUUAUGAUUGAUGGCUAUGCAAAGGUAGGGGAUAUAGCAUCUGCCAGAGCUUUGUUUGAUAAAGCUCCGAAAAGAGAUGCCUUUUUGUGGUCAGUAUUAAUAUCGGGAUAUGCUCAAAAUGGGCUCCCAAACGAGGCAUUGAAGAUAUUCCAAGGAAUGGAGUUAAUGAAUGUUAAGCCAGAUGAGUAUAUAAUGGUUAGCUUGAUGUCAGCAUGUUCUCAAGUGGGUAAUUUAGAUUUAGCAAAAUGGGUUGACUGUUAUUUGAGUCAGAGCUCGAUUGAUAUUGGUCAAACUCAUGUUGUUGCUGCACUUAUUGACAUGAAUGCAAAGUGCGGGAACAUGGAUAGAGCAAAUAAGUUAUUUGAAGAAAUGCCUAAAAGGGACCUUUUUUCUUAUUGUUCUAUGAUACAAGGAUUGUCCAUUCAUGGAUAUGCUGAACAGGCUGUGGGAUUAUUCAAUAAAAUGCUAAAUGAGGGAUUAAUUCCAGAUAAUGCAGCAUUUACUGUCAUUUUGACAGCUUGUAGCCAUGGAAGGCUUGUUGAGGAGGGUAAGCAUUACUUUGAAACCAUGAAAAGCAAGUAUUCUAUGGUUCCCUCUCCUGAACACUAUGCAUGUAUGGUUGAUCUUCUUAGCCGAUCAGGACAGCUAAAAGAAGCUUAUGAGCUUCUGAAGUCAAUGCCUGUGGAAUCUCAUGCAAGUGCAUGGGGUGCACUUCUUGGAGCUUGUAAGUUUUAUGGUGAGGUUGAGUUGGGGGAGAUUGUUGCUAACCGCUUAUUUGAGCUUGAACCUGAAAAUUCCAGUCCUUAUGUGCUCUUGUCAAGCAUCUAUGCUGCAGCAGAUCAAUGGCUGGAUGUUUCUCAUGUCAAGAACAAAAUGAAGGAGAGAGGGCUUAGGAAACUACCUGGCUGCAGUUGGAUAUAGCACGAAAGGUAUGAUUUUUUUGCAUCCCUCAACUACGCCAUUUGUGUGCCCAGAAUUAGAUGAAAUAUGAAACAAGCAACAUUCAAUUCUUUACCCGGAAUUGAAAUAUGGAUUCCAAAUUUACACUAGACUCCAGACUAGGUGUGUGGUUUAAAUUGGACAUCCUGUGCCAAAUCCAUGAUUCUAGCUUGGUGUCAUUGAACAUGAAAGAAGUGCAUUUUGGUUGCUAUGUUUAAAAUUGUCACCUGAAGUGAUGGAAACGUGACCAUUGGCUUUAGUAGAUUGAUGGUUUAAUGCUGAAGUUGAAACUGCAAGGCAGCUUAUGUAAAGCCAGUUCUUUGAUGAAAUUUUUGGUUGAUCAAAGGCUGCAAAUAGUUUUGACCGUAUUAGUUUUCCUAAGGAAUUUUACAGUAACAGUGUAACUUUCAGUAUUUACUUUUGUUUUCAAUAUUGACUCGUUUUACUAUUUCGCUCACCAAAUUACUCUUUCCACCGAUCACAAUUUUGAAUGAAAUUUAUUUUUGGUAUUACACGCCAUUCUCUCCUAUCAGUACCCUGAAUUGUCAUGUUAGAGUCAGACCUUUGAACCUUAUGCUGCAACAAGCAACAGUAUGUUUCUUUUACCUAAAUAUGAAAUGAAAAUAGAAAUCAGAAUACAAAUUACAGCUUAAUUUCUGGUAUGCAAUUCACUUUUUUUUUCCUCACUUAUGUUUUUUAUUUUACAUGAAGACUCGAGAAAAAAAGCUUCUAAUGUGCUAGCUUUCAAUGCAUAAGCAACAUAAGCUGGAGAAGUUUGAAAUAAAGUACUAAACAUGAGUUUUGAUAUUUUCAAAAUAUACUGUAUUUAGUUGAGUAGAUUAUUGUCAAUUUCACCGAGUCAGAACUGAAAGAACAUUAAUAUUAUUUGCAUAUAAGCAGUUUAUAAACAAAGAAAAAUUUAAAUCUGAACCUUUAAACUUAUGAUACUAUAUUCGUCAAUUUAUUCUCUAAAUUUCAAUUAAUUGGGCUUCAAAACUUUGCAAAUUUGAUGAACAUAUGUUUAACAAAUUCGCAAAAUUAACCCCACUCAUUUUUCUAAAUUUAUGGGGGAACUAAUGUUAACCAAGACGAUGCAGACUGAAAUGCUGCUCCAUCUUGAUAUGAACAGAUUUCUUUUGCAUAUUUCUAAUGCAUUUCAACAUGGCUAUCCAAAUAAGACAUUGCAACAGCAGCAUGAAAAGCUGCACCUACUGGAAGAGCCAUUUCAUCAAUAAAAAAGUAAGGUGAGUGCAAUGGCACAUCCGAUUUCAACGUCUCAUUUUUAAUCCCAAGAGCAAAUGCAGUAGCAGGAAUCUUCUUGGAAAAGAAACUGAAAUCCUCUGCUCCCAUGGUCACUGGAAGAAGCUGCACGUUCUGCUUCCCGAUGAACAGAAUGCUACUACUACAUCUUUCAGAAAUCUAUUCUGCAAUAAAGAAAGGAAAAGAUUACACCAGCACGAAGAGGAUCCAACUCUCGAGAUACAAUCUGUUGGAGAGCAAUGAUUGCAAAAGAUGCAGCAAGAAUUGGAUCUAUACUACUAUGUGGAGUUGCUGCAUGCCUGCCUUUUCCUCGAAUUGUAACAGAGAAAAGUCCAGCACCGGCCAAUAUUGGACCAGGCCUUGAGGCAAUAACGCCAGUGGGAAUUGAAGGUAAAACAUGUAACAUGAAGAUAGCUUUCACAUCAUCAAGAACACCAUCUUGUAACAUAUGGUAAGCACCAGCAUAACCUUCUUCUCCUGGCUGGAAAACAAGCUUCACAGUACCCUUCAAAAAUUAAAAGCUCAAAUUGUGAGGUAAAAAAAUGUACUUGAGCUGUUUUUCUUUUUUUUCCUCUCCCGAUAACAUUUAGAUAUAGAAGUGAUAGAAAUUACCUUUAUUUCAUUUCUCUUUUGCUGGAGUAAUUUGGCUGCUCCAAGAAGCAUUGACACAUGAGAAUCAUGACCACAAGCAUGCAUUCUGCCAUCAAUUUUACUCUGGUGUUCCCACUCCACUAAUUCCUUCCAUAUGGUAAGAGUAUUUUAACGAUGUCAAAUAUUUAUAAGAAAGGCAGAGGACAAUUGCUAAUAGUUGCAAAAGAUUAAUUUUUUCUCUAACAAUUUUAUCUUGUAAAAGGUAUCCUUUUUUACAUUUCUGUAUAUAGUCUCACAUUAAUAUUGUAAUUAAGCAGAAGUGACUGAAAUUAAGCAAAAUCUCUGUAUCCACCAUUACCGAGAAGGUUUACCUGCAAAGGAAGGGCAUCCAUGUCAGCUCUGAGGGCAAAAACUGGUUUCUCUCCCGAACCAAUAGAAGCGACUACUCCAGUUUUGGCAACAGGCCACUUAUACUUGAUCCCAAGUGAGUCAAGCUCAGUCCUGAUGAGUUGACUCGUUCUAUGCUCCUCAAAUCCAAGCUCUGGAUGUUCAUGGAUUCUUCUUCUUAUUCCUUUUAUCCAUUCAAGGAACUUAACCUCCCUCGCCGAUUCCAACAAUUCCUGACUCAGUAACUCCAAACCUGAUUCAGUCGACAAAGCUGAAGAUUGAUAUAAGAAGGCUGAGACGCAGAGCAAGGACAUUAAAUUAAAACCCAUCAGGCAAAUGCCAUUGAAAGACAUUCCAAUUCCCAAAAUCAGUUUUUAAGUUGCGGACUCCAUAAAAACAAAGUUUCUGUCCGAGCCCAUGUUUUAUUUUGUGGACAGGAAGUUUUAAGCCUGGGAUGGGAGUGGGAGCUAGUGAGAGUGACGGUUGGGUUAGAGCUUUAUUUCUGAAUUUAUUUUUAGUGUGAAGAAAAUAUUAGUGAAUAUUUAAUUAUUUAUUUUUACUAAAAUUCAAAUGGUGAGUUUCUUUC